CAGUGCAAAGCACAGUGAGAUGAAGAGUUGCUCCGCGGGGCAGCGGGAGCGCCGUCUGGUGUCAGGCGCGGCGCAUAAGUGGAUUUAUGGACCGCAGUUGUUGAGCGGCUGUCAGACGUGUGUGACGAGCUCCACCGCUGCUCUACUGACGAGCUUCAUUUAAACACCGGAACCUCGCAAACCUCGCCACAAACGCGCAGCUUGCAGAUGGUGGGUGAGCAGUAUGAGAGCAGCACAGAGGGCAGUGGCGCGCCCGUGCCUGAGCACAUCUACAAGGUCGGCAUCUAUGGCUGGCGGAAGCGCUGCCUCUACCUGUUUGUGCUGCUGCUUAUUAUCAUCCUGGUGGUCAACCUGGCCCUCACCAUUUGGAUCUUCAGGGUCAUGUGGUUCAACUCGGAAGGAAUGGGCCUCCUGCAAGUCCACUCGGAAGGCGUGAAGUUGGACGAGGGUGAAUCCGAGUUUCUCUUGCCCCUCUACGCAGAGGAGAUCCACUCCAGAGAAGACUCUCCACUCCUUAUACACUCGGAUACGGAAAAGGUUUACCUCAAUGCCCGCGAUGAAAAUGGUGAUGUCACAGGGAGGAUGUCUGUGGGUCCAAAGCAGACUGAAGGAGAUACACCCAACAUGCUCAUCAGCUCCCCUAGCGACAACAUGCUGUUCUCUGCAGAUGGCAACCAGGCUGUGAAUGGACCAGACAAACUGCGUAUCACAGGUCCUGAAGGAGCACUGUUCCAACAUUCAGUGGAGGUUCCCCUUCUCAAGUCAGAGCUCUUCAAAGACCUGAGGUUGGAAUCUCCCACUCGUUCACUCACAAUGGACGCUCCAAAGGGAGUUCAUUUAAAAGCCUUGGCUGGGAACAUUGAAGUGGCUUCCAAUAUGGACGUUAUCCUGCAAUCCAGCGUGGGACUGUUGGUGCUGGACGCCGAGACAGUGCGCAUGACCAAUCUGCCCCAGAGUCAAGGAGGAGUUUCCGGAAAUGCAGAGGGUCUUUUUGAAGUGUGCGUGUGUCCCAGUGGAAAGCUCUUCCUGUCCAAGGCUGGCGUCACCUCCACUUGCAGUGAUAACCAGGAGUGCUAAGAUGUGUAUGUUUGUUUUUUUCCUGCAGGCUACAAGCACAAAUGUUUCUUUCUUUUUAUAACACUUUAAUCUUGUGUGGAUCACAGUGCUCAGAGUCCGACCAGCAGGGGGCGUUGUGCUUGCAGGAAGACGUCCUACGCACACGCGCGCACACGGGCGCACACUCACGCACACGCACACACACGCGCACACACACACACACACACACACACACACACACACACACACACACACACACACACACACACACACGCAAAGUAUCACACAAGUAUCAUGGCUGGGCAAAUGAGGAGCUGCUUUACAGCUUACAUCCUAUGCAAUAUAAUAUCUUGUGGUGCAAUACAAAGUGGCACAUGUAAAGGCCUUGGAGUGGUGUGAGAAAAGAAACAGGAUAUAGGCUUGUAUCAUUAGUUGUGAUUGCUUCGAUUUUGAUGCGAUAUGCUUUGUGUUUUGGUUUGAUAAUUAGCAUGUUUACGUGAUAGUGGAAAAAUGAGGAGAAAUGAUGAUGUACUGGCUUCAUUAGGCAUAUCUGCUCAAUCUAAUAAGGUUUAAUAUAAUAGGUGUACUAAAAGAGUUGUCUUUUAAAUGAUAUAUUACAUAGCUUUGAUUUAUAUUUCACAUUUGCAUUGAUUUGACAUUAUUAUUUAAAAUUUUAUUAAAACAAAAAAGGAUCAAAACAAGAGCUAUAAGCAGCAUAGUUGUCUACCACUGAAAAAUACAACCGCAGUAAUAUAUAUAUGUAUAUAUAGAGAUAAUAAAUAUAUAUUAAGCAUAUAUUAUAUAUUAAUAUAUUAUAGUAACCUCUCUGGCAUGAUUAUCUUUCUAAAGAAUUAAUUUUUGAUACAGCACGCAUUUUGGACCUGAUUCGAUUUGUAAGUGUACCUAAUAUUGCCCUUGGCUUUAUAAAUAUAACAUCUGUUUCAGAUGCUAGGUAACAAAUAUUUUAAAUUGGUUACAGGGUGGAUAUUUUGAUAACAUAUUUACAUCUAGUUGGAAUUGUGUUCUUCUACUGUCAAGAAAAAAUAAAGUUUAUUGUUGGAUUUAAUUUUGAACAGAAGACAAUGAAAAAUAUACAACAAUAAAGUUGUUUGUGUUGUAA